AUGACCCUAAGUUCAAGUUCAUCCACCUCCUCCGAGGACCUCCAUUCCGCCACAUUGGCAAGAACCCGCCCCAAAACCUCGCACGGCCGCAGUUACAUUGCCGGCGGCUAUUACUUCUACGACGACUAUCGCAACCUCACCUACUACAUCCGUGCCGGCUGGGUUCCGUACAGCGAACGGAACGAAAACGAGGGCCGAAUGCCGAAAACUCUCUCCCCGAUCCACUACAACGGACCGGCCGUAUUCUACGCCUACUUCGACGAAAAAGACAAUUCCAUUUACGCCAUCAAUUAUAUCGAUCAAAUCGCGUCCGAGGUCUUCGUUGGCGAGAAACCGGAUCCGUUUGAGUUCAAGAAAAUCAUCAAGACAUAUCAGCCAUUCACGUUGGAGGAAAUGAGGAAAAAGGAGAAUGAGAAACGAAAAAGCGUGUCAAUGCCACAUUUGGGAAUGGAGCAGAAGGAAGCUGGUAGGUUUUGCAGUACAAAUGGAUCCGUUUUAAAACCAUCGGGAUUAAAUUUAGACAAUUUUUUCAUUUUUUAUCAAAUCUUUUGUCAUGGAUAAUAUAAUUUUUGUAAAAUUACUUUGCCAAAUUUUGUCGUAUAUCAAGAAAUCAAAGAAAGAGAAAACAAAAAAAUUAUUGUGACACAUUUUACUCAUUUUUAAGUCAGUUUGAGCCUAUUUACACACUUGAAACAGAAUGCCAAAAAUGGCGGGAAACCGAAAUUUUUGAAUAUUAAUAGUCAUGUUUUGGACAGGACAAUGUAUUACAUAUUAUUUUUAAAUCAAUUUUAGCUAGUAAACUGCAGAGAUAUCAAUUUUACACGCAUUUUUUUGCAUGGAAACAUUAAAUUUUUAUGGAUAAUAUAUUUCUCAACUUUUUUGCAAAAUUUUUCAUAUUAAAAUCUUCAAUUUAGAUCAUCAAGUUUCCGCAGAUCGUAUUUUACCCUCUCACCCUCCUAUAUUUUCAGUUGCCACUCCAGCAAAGAAGUAUUCAGUGGUUGAGAACGCGAAACUCCAAACAAACCCAGCCAAUUUUGUGAUUCGUCGAAAAAUCUCGGAAAACAGCAGUACCGGCUAUCCGGACGAGCAUUCUACCGCGUCCACAACCUCUGUUCAAUACGCUAAAACCGAUAUGACGAUCAAUUCAUCGCAUUUGAAUCCUCUUUUUGGAAGGCAAUUUGAUGAGAGGUCGGUGGAAACAAACGAUGAGACUGGCUACGAAAGUGGGGAUUCUGAAGGUAAGAGAAGGCUUAAAUUAAAAAAGAAGCUUUCUUUUCUUCGAUAAAGCAAAACAUUUAGGCUUUAAUAGCUCAAAAACUGUAUAAAAUUUGAUUUUUAUCCAGUCAUCAUCCCCAAGUCCCAAGUAUAAUAUAAUUCUUAAAAUUUCUUUCCAGUUUUCCGCUCCCGCCUCACUCCCGACCCCAUCACCGAGCCCAAGAAGCGUCCGCCCACCUUCCGUCAGAUCUACACCCCGCAAAAAGUGUCGAUGCCCUCGAAUUACCCCAAAUCCAAGUCCGAGGAGCUCUAUUCCACGCUCGAGUCGAUCAGCGAGGACCCGCAAAGCGAGGAAAAAGGUAGUUCCAACCGGCUGGUGGUUCCGGUGCGCUCGCUUCGGUGGCUGAAGUUCAUCUCCGGCUAA